GUAGAAAUCCCCUGAAGAAUCAGCUGAAGAGACUCCUGAUAUUCCCAGACCGUGAUGGAUGAAGCCCCGGAGCUGACAGAGCUUCCGCUUGUUAUGAACAAAAGUACGUCCUAUUAAUAGCUACCAAGAAGUAAGUAUAUUAUAAAGGAUACUUGUCAUUUUACUGUUUGGCAUAUCUGCUUUAAUAAACUGACAUGUUUAAAAAAAAAAAAGGGGGAGGAAGCCAUGCACUUGAAUCCAAAUAAUCAAUUAUUCGAUUUAUAAAUUGUUAGGAUAUUCAAUUACAAAAAUAAUCAUUUGGCACAGCCCUAUAUAUUUUAAAAUUUGCAAAAGUUUACUUUGGUAAUCCUGGUUUGAUUUUCCAUUUUUUAUAUACUUUAAUGAAGAUAGUAAAUCACCAAUGUUUCAGUCAAGUCUUUCUCAAUGUCUUCCAGUUUUUUAAUCAUAGUGGGUUUGCUGUAUAUUUCAGCCAGGUCACCCAGAGCGUUUUCGACUGGGUUUUUCACUUCGCAUGUACCUAAAAUACAUUUUAAAAUGUGUAUCGCAAAACAAAACAAAAAUUGAACUUUUAGUUGUAUAAAGACUUACUUGUAUAAAUUGUAACGUUUAUUUUAUUAAACUUUUUCUGCUGAAAUGUAAAAACCCAAUUGAAAAUAAAGUAUGAAAUUAAAAAAAUAUUAUAAAGGGGUCUUAUUUCUGUGCAAACAAGCCAGUAAUGGAUUGGUAAUGCAUUUAGUCUUAGAUUACUUGUUACUGCUUUAAACUAAACAAACACAAGAUUGUUUUUCACAACCAGAAUUUUUAUUUUACAGGCAAAGAAAGCUCGACACGAGUUGCUGGAUUCUGAAGAGCAUUCAUCAAGGACAGAGGGGAUGCCAGAUACUCGCAGCCAGGUGGGUGGCGGGGAAUCUGCUGCUCACAAACCCGAACCUGCUAGCUUCCUGGACUCCAGCAUGGCCCUUCUCAAUGAAGUUAAAAGAGAAGCGCCUGAUCCAGUGAGCCAAUCCGUGAGAGACCCGGCAGACACAUACACAGAGGCUGGCUUUAACACAAAGACAUCGCAUGAAUAUACCUCGCAACUCUACCAGACAAGCAAGUCAUACACGCACAUCCUUUCCCCAUCUGUAGCAGCGCCAGCCAUCACAACGUACUCUGGACAGCCGCAGUACCCCGCCUCAUCUCAAUCUACCACUUACACUGCCUACCCACAAGCCAGCCAAAACUACGGCCUACCUCCGUUCGGUGCAAUGUGGCCAGGUAUCAAAUCUGAGAGCAGCUUGUCUGAGGCUCCGUCUGUUGCACAGCCUGGUUUCCUCAGUUUCAGCACAGCAUUUACCUCAACACAGCCUGCUCAAGCACACUAUUCAUAUCCUGCCCAAGGUACCAGUUUCACAACAUCAAGCGUUUAUUCCAGUGUCCCUGCUGGUACAGCAACGGCAGCUGUGGCACAACAGGAAUACCCUAAUUACACCACCCUGGGCCCAAACCAGUUCCCCCAGUAUUAUGCGGCUCCAAGCUUUGUGCCAGGGGGUGUUGCAAACAGCAGUGCUGUCAGUGGUCUUGUCAAUACUGUAGCCUACCAGAGUGUGAAGGCAGAGAUUCCAGCUCCUGCUCCCGCAGCUGCUGAGCAGCCUCCAGCAACAGCAGACUCCUCAGCAGGGUCGCCCCUGUCUGCAGCUGGCAGAGACCCAGAGGAGACAGGCCACCGGAACAGCAGCGGCAAAUCCAAAGGGAAAGGGAAGCGAUCGGAUGCAUCACAGACAGCCGAGAGUGACUUAGAGAGAGUGUUUCUGUGGGAUCUGGAUGAAACUAUUAUUGUUUUCCAUUCACUGCUCACCGGUUCCUUUGCACAAAAGUUUGGAAAGGACCCAGCCACAGCUCUUACACUCGGUCUGCAGAUGGAGGAGCUGAUCUUUGAGCUGGCAGACACACAUUUGUUCUUCAAUGACCUGGAGGAAUGUGAUCAGGUUCACGUGGAGGACGUUGCCUCUGAUGACAAUGGUCAGGAUCUAAGCAACUAUAAUUUCACUACGGAUGGCUUUAGCAGCUCUGGUAGUGGCGCGGGCCCCGGCUCUGGAGCUGGCGUGCAGGGAGGGGCAGAGUGGAUGAGGAAGCUGGCUUUCCGCUACCGCCGCCUGAAGCAGAUCUACAACACCUACAAAGGCAACAUUGGGGGACUCCUCAGUCCGAUGAAAGGAGAUUUACUGGGUCGGCUUCAAGGGGAUGUCGAAGUUGUGACCGACUCUUGGUUAGGGACUGCAUUAAAAUCUUUGCUACUGAUUCAAUCCAGAGGAAAGUGUGUAAAUGUCUUGGUCACAACAACCCAGCUGGUGCCUGCCUUGGCCAAGGUGCUCCUGUACGGACUAGGAGAGGUGUUCCCCAUCGAAAACAUUUACAGUGCCACAAAAAUAGGGAAGGAGAGCUGCUUUGAGCGGAUUGUGUCUCGCUUUGGGAAGAAGGUGACCUAUGUGGUGAUCGGAGACGGUCGUGAUGAGGAAUUUGCAGCUAAACAGCACAACAUGCCCUUUUGGAGGAUAUCCAAUCACAGUGAUCUCCUAUCACUAUACCAGGCCCUGGAGCUGGACUUUUUAUAAGGAGAGAAAGGUGGGGUCCGGAACGGAGGUAUAACUAGAGGACUGUAGGUCUGGACUCCUAUUGAGGACUGUAGGUCUGGACUCCUAGACUGUAAAAUGACCAUCAAACCUGAUGCACAGAACAAGGACUGUUGGCCAGGAUUCACACGCUGUCUCUAAGGAAAGCUAAUCCUGUGCUGAUGUGGUUGAAUAGACUGAAUCCUGAGGUAUGCAAUUGUCACGCUCAGAGUGCUGGCUCUGAGGAUUAUAGCUGUGAAUGUGCAGCCUGGUCCUAACACGGGAUACAGCUGUGGGAGUUACAGGCUGGAGUUACAGUUAGAGAUUCAGGUGGCGCACCUACAUCCAUUUGUACGAAAGGGAUUCACACUCCUAACAGGUCACAAUCCAAUACUUGACAGACUCACCCAAAGCAUUGCCUGCCAGGCUGGUAUAGCUAGAGACUGGUUCGGAACGUUUUAUGUUUCUCAUCUCCUAGAUGUUUACUCUCUAACUGCUUCUUCUACACUUGCAGUCAAUGCUAUACGUGCUCUUUGGAAUGGACAGUCUGGACAUCGGGCUUGUGGGGUUUUGGUGUAGACUAACAUUCAGAACUUAUCCAAAGGGAAUGUUCUGGUCCAUCUUAAUGACCUUAUUUUUAAUUUUGUUAUAGUUACAGUAUAGUUGUAUCUAAUCGCGUAAGCUAGAGGAGUGGCCUCAUUUAACUCUUACAUUUAUAAAACAGAUGUGCUGAUUUUUAUUUCAAAGUUAGAUGCAGGUGUUGAAAUAUUUCCUUUGCAUGUGGAUUUUGAGCCACUGGGGGGGUUUACUCACAUUAAUCAUCAGUUAGUUUUAGUUCAGUUUUGUCAAAAUGAAGCUUGUAAUAUUUCUUGCAAUGGCUCAAACUGCUAUGCGAUGGGAGUCCUUAUUUCCAUCCACAGCGAGCAAUACAGGCAGAACUGCCUGCUGGGUACCACACAGUUUCUGGUCUUUAUUGCAUUUACAUAUUUCUUUUAAUUUUCAAUAUCUGUUACUAAAAAGAUGAAAGUGAACAUUGGCAAUAGACCUUUUUUUUUUUUAAUGGAUUUUCUAAUUCAUCUUAAUCACAGUCCAAGCCUUGUUCCUCAAUUUUCAGUCUGUUCUGAGACCAGGUGUUACACAGUUUCAGUAAUUUGCAGUGAACACAGUCCAGGUACGUUCCUGUGUAUGGUUUAUAGAAAAAUGUAGAAUUCAGUUUGCAGGUGAAUUUGAGGAAUACUAUUAAUGUACGGUUCUUUACCAGAACUGGUCAUUUUGAGCAGUUUUCUUCUUGCUCAGAUUACCAGCUUUUUCAAUGAAGGUUGCUAUGCUUGGUAAAAUCUAAGACAUUUACUAAAACUGAGAGUACAUUCUGAGCAAGUAAAAUAUACAGUAACAAUGUCAUGUUAAUACUUCCUUAAAGCUUCACUUCUUUUGCUUUUGUUCAAUGGUUUGUAUCACAUGCAUGUGUUUCAGUACUCUUUGAAAAACACUGCAGCCUGACUUAACAUUUUCUCAGUGUUGUAUACACAGUGCUACCCUGUUAUAAAACGACCUGUUAUAGUGUGGAAUCUGUUAUAACACUGUAAGAUCCUGGCUCUCAUUUCCCCUAUAAUGCAAUUUGACUCGCAAUUGUUAGGUGAAUGUUCCAGAUAUACAGUACGAAGCAUUGCAGACAGCAAAAAACAAAAACCUUUCUGUGUUAACACAGCAGCAUUGUGGUUCCCUCUGAGCAACUAGACCAGCUAUAACAAUACCCCCAUGACUCAAGCUGCCAGCCAGAACAUCCUUAUCCACAUGGUCUACUGUUGCCACUGAGUUUCAAUAAUCUACUCCCAGCAAAUUCAUGCUCUGGACUGACUUUUAAACAGUGUACAUAUUGGAACAGCACGCCUUUUUGAAUGCAUCUUUUUAAAUAAGAUAUAUGAAAAACUGUAUAGAGUCUGGUUGAAGCAUAAACUUGUAGAACUGAAAUGUGUUACUCCUGUCCUAACAGUGACCAGAGAGAAGAAAAAAGCAGAGUAGACAAACGGGAACAGGGUCUGCAGCCUCCCACACUUCCUGGCUCAAUUAUUUGCCACUACAGUAUGUUUUGUUGCAAACUCCUCUCUUCCAGGAAAUGGGCUGAGAUCCCCCUAACUCAUUUUACUCAAGCAGCGAAAGUCAGGGAUCCCUUUUUUGGAAUCCACAAUACUGCCUGGCUGCCCACAGACAGUCACUGUGCUGUCUUUGCAAACUCUGAAUGCCUUGGAAUGGUAUGCAAGACCACAGUGAGUUCAGGGACAGUCCUGAAAGUGUGUUUGAGCAUCUGACGGCUACCUAUAAAAGCUUCUCUUUAACACUUUAUGAUAAUCCUGUCUAUAGGAUAGGCACAUUUUUAUUUUUUUUUUUUUUUUUUUUUUUUUUUACUUGCAAAGUCAGUUAUGGGUCAGUAUCUCUGACCUUGCCAUGGUCAUCAUAGGAUUGUUGACCUUUUGAGUUGUUGUGUAUUAGUUGUCAACUGUGAAAAAAUUGAGCCUGAGCAAAUUGCAUUUUCUUACAGCAGCUUGACAUAAAGAAUGUGUAUACAACAUGUUUGUGUGUGUGUGUGUAUAUAUAUUUAUAUAGUGCCUUUUAACCCAUGAUAACUAUUGUGUAAGGGAUCUAUCAAAAUCCUGUAAAUGGAAACCAGCAAUGGGACAGGUUCUUUAGUUUGGUGGCGUGCUUGUGUUAUUUAGUUUAGUUCAGUUCAAGUUGACUUUUGGUAAUGACACACACUUUAAAGCUGUAGUUACAUUGUUUUAAUAGCGAGACUGAAAUGACGCCCAGUUUACUAGCUUAUCGUCAGAAAAAGCCCUGGUAUCAAAAGUUUUCAUUUAAAGUAAAAAAAACCCUAAAUGGAAUAAGUUGAAUGUCUGCUGUAUGCCUGCAGUGUGAACAUUAACUGGAAAACAUUCCAAAAUUCAUGCCAGGCAAUAUUGCAUCAUGUUACUAUGGUACUUUUUAAUGUAUAUUUUACUAUGUUUGUGUUUUCUACUUUUGUUACAAUACCUUUUAAAUUCAGAGACAAAAUAUACAUUAGUCUCAUAAUGUUGGCAAAGACAAUCAGAUGUUUUCCUGUAGGUGGGUAAAUCCCAUAGAGUAAGCAUGUGGACGAUAACGGGAAAUUCUUCUUCACUGCUUGUGUCCAACACGUGCAUAGCAUCACAAUUCAAGGUAAAAGGCUAUUAAGUGAACGGUGUUAAGUAAUUCUUUUGUAACAUUUUGUUAUCAUUGUCUAACUAAAAAGUGAAUUAAACUGUGUCCAUCUAAGUUCUCUGAUUGCUUGUUUCACUGUCAAAAGUAUUAGUACCUCAGUGAUCUGCAUGCUAGACAAUCAUAUAGAAAAGGAUUUUCCCCCUUAUUUAGGGACAUGCACAUCUGAAAAUGAACAAUAACAGUGAAGCAUUGCACAGCCAUCACUGCACCCCUUUUUAGAUGUACUCUGUCAAAAGGGAGUGGUCGUGUAACUGAGUGCUUUCUUUAUAAGGACCCUGUACAGGCAAAAAUACAGUUUUGUGAAAAAUUAUUAAAAAAAUAAAAAAAUGAUGUUCUAUACCAAGGCAUUACAUUUACCAAGCAGUGGUCUGGAAGGCUUUGAAUUUGUGUUUCGAUGUGUUCAUUGAAACCAGGAAAACGGCUCUGUGUAUUGUCUGACACGUGUAUUUGUAAACUUUAACUUUACUUUAAAAGUAUGUUUUGGGGCUGGCAAGGUUGCAUUGUGUAGAAACAAAUAUCAAGACAAAAAUAUAUUUUUAUUUUUUAUUGACAUGCUCCUGUUGUCAGUCGGCUAACCUGUAUCAAAAUGUGUGUUUUAAUAUAGUUUUCUCAAGCAAAUAAAGUAGCAUUCGGUCUUGAUCAAUGCACACUGAAAGGAAAUGAUGGCUUCCAUUGCAGUGUUUGUACUCCUUGGAUACAGUUAUGGAGUGCAUGUGCUCCCUCUAGUGUCCUACAUGUUUAAAGACUUGAUCAUCAAGCAAUUGUAAAUGGAGUGAUAUAAAGGUUGACUAAUAUUCCAGCUGUCUGCCAAGCCAGUUUCCCUCCAGUGUGCAGCCUGUAUGUGAACCUCAUAGAUGGCUUUAUCACUCUGGAUACCAGCAUGAAUACCUUAUUGACACUAAAGAUUUCUUUUUGGAAACCUCGCUGUUGUACAGUGGUAUAGCACUGUACAUUCUCUAAUAUACAUUGCGUCUUCUAGACAACAAAUAUGGGAUUAAUAUAUUAAGAAUGUAACACUGCAGCAGUUCAUUCUCAGAAUUGGGAAUUAACACAUCGAAGGAAGGCAGGUAGCAUUGAUUCAAAAGACAAUGCAUCAUUCUGCUGCACACAAUUAAAAACUAAACCGUUUCUGCUGUGCAUCAGUCCUGUGGCUUUGUGUCUUACAUAUUUUUAGCACAUGUGUUUAUUUGCCUCCCAUGGUAUACCAAUAUACAACCAAAAUGAAACAAAACAUAAUGAUAAGCUGUAAUACGUUUUGAUGAAUAGGAUUCACCUUGAACCGACAAAUAAUUACACACUCAAUGGCCUCCACGUGGAGAAUUAUUUUUCUUUUUCAGUUUAUAAAAGUAGAAUGUAUUGCGUUUAGUGUGUGUGUGAUUUUAGCUGUUGCUACACAUAUAGGAAGACUGUUGAUGCUUCAUCUCAUUUCUUUUAGCAAGGAGUGAAAUUAACAGAAGCCUCAUAGCCUGUGUACUGACCUUGCUAUGGGAAGUCCACUUUGUCUAAGUAUGCUUUAAAGGAGAAGGUGCUGAUUUCAUUUUUUAUAUGAAUGCA